AUGGCACGACGAUCGAAUUACACCUACAUUACGUUUGCGGAGCUGCAACGAAAUUCCGAAUAUGAACGAAUUUACGUUUAUGGUGUGAUCGCUGAAAUUAAUACAUUCCGGUCAGCUGAUUUAACUGGCGGCGAUACACUGAUAACAGAAAUGCAUUUGCGAGAUAAUACAACGUCGAGUUUCACGAAAUGUUCCAUAUAUAGCAAACUGGAUAAUUACUUUUCUGAUGUAGUGGCAGUUGGCCAAGUCGUUCAGCUUCAUCGAAUUCAGGUUCGAAGGAGAGCAGGCAUGCCACCCACAUUGUAUGGCAAAUUGAAUGGUACUGGAUUGGCUGUUGUGUUGUUUGGCACUGCGCCAACCGACGAUUUCACCGUCGUUUAUCAUUCAUCUGCGAAUUACAGUUUACCGCCCGAUUAUAAGAGUAAGGUAUGCAUUUGUAUUCAGAAAAUGGUAGCAGAGCCACCGGACUGUCGCUGCGAAUGCUACUGA